AUGAUGACAAAUUGGUACUUUAUGCAGAUAAUAAAUCAGAAAAAUGGAACACUUUGUAAAAAUUUGAAAUCAAGUCUUUUCAAAACAAAGGUAUUAAGAAAUAUAUCAAUUACACGACGAGUACGAAAAAGAAAUAUCCAAACAAAUAUGAAUGAUGAUGGAAAUUUCGAAAUAAAUAAAGGAAUGGGGGAACAAGACUCAAUAAAAAGGAAUAUUAAAAAUAUAAACAAAUCAAUACUUAGGGAAAAGCGUGAAAAAAUAAAAGAUGAAUUAUAUAAAAAUAGUUUUUUAAAUUAUAAUUUUAAAAUAAAUAUAUAUUUAAAGCUUAAUGAGUUAAAAAUAUAUAACCCAACAGAAAUUCAAAAAAAUGUAAUUCCGUUGUUGCUACAAAGAAAGGAAGAAAAAGAGCUUACGAAAAAUAAAAAUGAAAUGAAUAUAAUGUCUUCACAAAAUUUAUAUAAGAACAUUUUAAAAAAUAGAGCAUAUAUUAAUAACUAUUUAAAAUCGAAUUCAUAUAUGGAUGCUGAUUUUUAUGAUUUAGAAAAAUACAAAUGUGUUGAUACAUAUGAAGAUGAUAGAUAUGCAAAUAGAAAAUAUAAUAAGUGUGAAAAUAAUGAAAUAAAUACAACAAAAAAUAGUAAAAAUGUAGCAAAAUGCUUUAAUGAUAUAUAUGUUAUUGUUAGUCCAGAUAAUAGCGGUAAAACGCUGAGUUAUUUUCUUCCUAUUAUUGACAAUUUUUAUAAGAAUAAUGAAAAUAUUAUGACGAAUUUGUCUAAUUUUUAUAACUUUUUAAAUAAAUAUAAUUACAAAAAAUAUCGAAAUAAACUAUUCCGUAAAAAAGAAAAGUUAAGAUACCUUAAAAAUAAAGAAAAUUUAUUUUUUAACAUAUCCUAUGAAAAAUUUAAAGUAAAAAAUAGAUAUAUAUAUAUGAGAAAAUAUAACAAUUCCAAUGUCAGUAAUAGUUAUAUUAAUAAUAAAAAAAAUAAUAAGCUUAAUAGCUUAAAGCAUAAAAAAAACAUUUAUUUUCCAUAUGCCAUUAUAUUGACAAAUACUAGAGAGGCAGCUUGUGAACUUUUUUCAUUUUUAAAAUGUUUUGAUAUAAAUAUCGAGCUUUUGGCUGGUGGUUAUGGAAAUAAAAAAAAGUCCAUCAAAAAAUUUCAUGUCCAAUCUUUUCACUCUAAUAAGAAAGAAGAAAUAAAUUUUUGUGAUAACGACGAUAUGUCCAGUAAGAAUCUAGGUAGCUGCUUCAACACAGAAUCUCAAUUUAUUAGUGCCAAUAAUUUUUUGAAAAAAAUAAAAAAUAAUUCUCAAAAAAAAAAUGUUAUAAACUACAAUAUCGAUGUUUUAAUAGGAACACCUGAUAAAAUUUUUGAAAAAUUAGAUAAUGCUAAAAAUAAGCAUUUGUAUAAUUUAAAAUUUUUAAAAUAUUUAGUAGUAGAAGAAUCUGAAACAUUGUGUAAUCCUUUUAAUGAAAAAAAACUUCAACUUAUAUUUAACCAUGUUAAAAAUUACACAAAUAUGUAUUAUUUUAAGAGACCUGCAUUAAUAAAUCAUGAUGGGACUCAUAAUGAUACUGAACAUGAAGAGAAAAAAGAGACACAAAAAUUAGAGGAUGAAGAAAAGGCAGAUAAAAUUAAUACUAGAAAGAGGAGUAAUAAUACUAUUAAAGAAUUGAACAAAAAAUAUACUAGUCUUGGUGAAGAAGCUAAUGAAAAUGAUCAAGAUGAUGAAUCAGAAAUUAGGGAUGAAAAAAAUAAUAGUUCCGCUAUUAACAAUGAAGAGAUAGACAAUCCUCGUGAUGAAACAAAACCUGUAAAGACAAUAAAUACAAAUGAAAGCAUCAUCAAAAAAAUUGAAAGUAUUGAAAAUGUAAAAAAUACGAUAAAUUCAAAUAUUCCUAUUACAAUAUUCGUAUCAGCAACAAAAACAUUUUGUAUAAGUGAAUUUUUGAGCAAUAAUAUCAGAAGUAAAUAUGUGCAACAAAUAAUUAAUUUGAAUAGCCAUGACAUUCGCAAUGAAAUAAAGCAUGUUUUUAUUAAUAGCAAAAGCAAGGAGAAAGUUUCUUUACUUCUCGAAAUUCUUAGCAAUAAAGAGUUGAAAACAAAAGAAGGAAAUAAUCAUAUUCAAAGAAAUGAAAACAAAGGUGUAAAAGGUAAUUCACAUAUGUUUUUGAACAAAUAUGUAAUAUUUUGUAAUACUCGAAAAAGUGUAAUGAAUUUAAAAGAUAUAUUAUCAGAAUUAAAAUACAAAGUCAGUUGUAUUCAUAAUGAAAUGAAUUAUAAAGACAGGAGCCAAAAUUAUAGGGAUUUUAAAAAAAGCAAAACAAAUAUAUUAAUAUGUACAAACAUACUAAGUAGAGGUGUACAAUUUGAAAAUUGUGAAAUUAUAAAUUAUGAUAUUAGUAAUAACAUAAAUGACUAUAUUUAUAAAUCUAGCAAAGUCAACAUAAACAAAUUUAAUAACACAAGUAAUUCAUUAACAUCGUUUUUUAAUAAAAAAAAUACAAGUAUAGUAAAUGAAAUUAUAGAAAAAACUGUUGAUAAAAAACAAAUAAUUUUUCAAAAUUUAAAUAAAAAAGUUAGUAGAAUGCUUAAUAUACAUAAUAAAUAUUAUGAUAUUAUAAAAAAAAAAAAAAAAUAUCAAAAGAGGGGUGGAAGAAAAGCAUUAAAUAUGGCGCCUAGAAGAAAUUGCCUCAGUAAAAAAAAUAAAAUUUUGUCAAAAAAAUUAUAUUUUUAUCAUAAAAUGAGUAUUGAGCGAAAGAGGCUUAUCAAAAAAGGGAUACUUAAGGGUCACGAAAAAAUACCACGAUAUCCAAAUAGAAAAGCAGAGAUAUAUGAUAGCAAUGAAUAUAAUAAUGUAACCAAAUUAGAAGAUGGAUCAUUACAAAUAUUAAGGAAAAAGAGGAAAUCGAAAAAACACGCAAAUGAUGAACAAGGAAGCUAUAAUCAAGAAACUAUCAUUUUGGACAAUAUGCCAACUUAUGAGGAUGAGACAAAAAUAAAGGAAAAAAAACAUCAAAAAAAAACAUAUUUCUAG